AUGUCGCUCUCCUCACCUCCCGCGUCCGCGCCGCGGCCUUCUUCUUCUUCGUCAUCGCCAUCAUCGUCCAUCCUCCACCUCUACGCCGAACUCCUGCUGCACAUCCGCACCGUCACCUUCUUCGCCUCGCUCCGCACCGACCACACCGAGCAGACGCGUGCAGAGCUCUCCGCCGACGGCGAGUCCAUCACCCUCACCCACGAGGGCGAGCGCGCGUCCAUCCGCCUGCCCACCCGCGUCGUUGGCGGCGGCAGCGCCGCCCUCACCCUGCCCGCAUCCCCGGCCAAGGAGCUGUCGCUGCGCCUGCAGCUGAAGGAGCGGAGUCCGGGCGGGUUGCUGAAGGGCGGUGCUGGUGGCGGGGAGAAUGUGGUGCCGUGGGAUGCGGGGAGGCUUGCGGAGUGUGGGAGGGUGGAGUGUCGCGGGUGUGGGAGGGAGGUUGUCAAGGUAGGUAAGAGCGGGGAUGACGGAGCUGAGGAGGUGGAGGUGAAGGCAGACGAGGCAGCACCAAGCGAGGAGCGCGGCCGCGGCGUCAAGAAGUGGAUGGAUUUGCCGAAUGAAAAUUGGGCGGAAAUGAUGGACUUUUGGCACUGCCAUAAGCCGCAUGAGCAUCAUCUUCCGGGCCAUACGCACACGCGCGACGGUGUAGGCAAAGAGAAGGGGUAUGCGGCGAGUAAUCGCAUCAUGGCAAAGAAGGGCGUGGGGUACGUUGAUUUGGCAUAUUUGCUCCUCACAGAAGAAGACUGUUUGGGCGUACAGCCUUCAAAGUCUACAUCGCCAUCAGACAGCGCUGCCGAACGCCAGCAAUUGACCUGCUCGUCUUGCAAAACCAUUGUCGGCGUGACAGACCCGCGCGCCGAGGGCUGGCGCAUAUGGAAAUGGAGCAUCGCUGCUACCCCCAAAGAUUCAACGACGAACACGAAGACGUACAGCCUACGCAAGUGGGUGGCCGCUCAACUACUUUACCUCAUCGAGAACCAAGCAGUGCGCAAGUUCACGGUCAUGGCCGAGUCUGGCGUCCUUCCUGGGGAAGAGGUUGAAGGUGGUAGUGAGGCGGUGGCAGCACGCGACCCCAUCAUGAUCUGGGUCUUCACUCCUGAUCUCUCCUUCUCCUCGUCCAUCGCCUCGUCCGACGAUGACAGUAACAGCCACCGCAACGACCCCACCCGCGCUAUGAAGGUGCUGUGGAAACCCGCUCCGGCCCAGAACGGUGAAUCUACGCAGUCCGCCGCUGGACAAGCAUUGGACAGACAGAGCUUGUCGACAGAGGACUUGAGCCUGCCGCUGCCUGCCUUUGACGCGUUGAAGGAGGGGUUGGAGGAGAGCGGAAGGUGGCUGCCGGCUAGCGCGAGGACGUUUCAGGAAUGGAAUGUCGGGCUGCUGGAGAGAUUUGGGGAGGAUGAGGUCCAGUGA